CGCGGUGUCGGUGGCGCGGUCGGUUCGGCAGCGGCCAUGUGGAGCGGGACGGGAGCGGGGCAGGGCGGGGGAUUCGGUGCCUUCGAUGGCGGGUACGGAACCACGGGCUCCUCGCGGCCCUCGGGCGGCUACACCCAGGCCCCGGGAGGCUUCGGCUCCCCCGCCGGCACCCAGGCGGAGAGGAAGCAGAGAAUGCGCUCUCAGAACAUCGUUCCCUGCACCGUGUCACAGCUGCUGGCAGCCGAGCAGGUGGACGAGACCUUCAGGAUCCGCGACGUGGAGAUCUCCCAGGUCACCAUCAUGGGGAUCAUUCGGCACGCUGAGAAAGCACCGACAAACAUUCUCUACAAAGUGGACGACAUGACUGCAGCCCCGAUGGAUGUCAGGCAGUGGGUUGAUACUGAUGCAGGGGGUGAGAACGUUGUGGUACCUCCAGGGACGUACGUGAAAGUCGCCGGGCACCUCCGGUCCUUCCAGAAUAAGAAAAGCUUGGUGGCAUUUAGGAUCAUGCCUCUGGAAAACAUGAAUGAGUUCACCACACACAUACUAGAGAUUGUCAACGCACAUAUGAUCCUAAGAAAAAAUCUUAUGUCAGCAUCAAGAGUUCCUCAGUCCUUUUCCUCUGCUGGGAUUGGUGACAUGGGGGGCUAUGGAGGAGGUGGCAGCUUACCAGUGAAUGGACUCACAGCACAUCAGAGUCAGGUGCUGAAUUUGAUUAAGAAUUGCCCUGUCCCUGAAGGUAUGAGUCUUCAAGAGUUGAAACUUCAGCUCCACAAUAUGAGCAUGCCAACAAUCAAGCAAGCUGUUGAGUUCCUGAGCAGCGAGGGACACAUCUACUCCACUGUGGAUGAUGAUCACUAUAAGUCAACAGAUGCUGAGUGAAGUUACUUCCAGAUGGAUUUAGUUCUAAGCAGAUGCUUGUCAGAAUAUCAAAUUAUCUUGCUGAGCUUUGCAACGUGGAAGGUGAAAAGCCAAUGAAAGGCCCAGAUACUCUGAGUGCCUCCUUGGAAUUAAGGAGAAGCAGAACAUGUAGGAUGCUGUUAAAUGGGCUUGAUUUAUAUGCUGUGACCAUGUGACUGAAAGCAUAAAAAGCCAUGGAGAAACUGAACUCAAAGAUUCAGAGCCUUCAGUUUGUCUCCUUAGAGGGUGCCUGUGUUAGAAGGAAGAACAUCUUUCUAACCUUGUCCUUGGCAGAUUUUCUUUUGUUUCUAGAACUGUUUCUUCUAACUCAGCUUUCAUUCCAUUUCAUUCAGAAAGUGGGUAACCAAGACUGAUAUUCCACUAAUGUACAGUAAUCAUGAAUAGAUUUUUAAUUGGUUUAGUUUGUGUUAAAAUCUAUAUUUGUACUAUGAUAGGACAUUGUUAAUAGAGCUUUUGAAUGUUUCUAAUAAAAUUGUAACUUGGUAGUCUUGG